UUUUGGUUCCUGUUCAUGUUUUUUCAUGUCAAUGAGUUUCAUGUUCAGUUUUGUUAACUUUUAGAAUAAUCUAGCAAUAAGUCUGUUGCGCAAUUACUUAAGGUAUAAAUGAUGUUGCUUCCCUUGCUAAAUUUAAACGGUUACCAAAAUCUCAUUGUUAAUAUUAUUCUUGAUCUUGAUUUACAAGAACCUGGUUGAAGUUCGAGCUAAUAUGUCUUAUGAAAAGGAAACCAGCAGUGAUAUAUCUGAUUUAUCUGAUAUGGAAGAUUUCUUUCACUUUGCAGAAAAUGUCUUAGGUGAAAAUAUUCAGAUUUCUGAAGGUGUAAAAGUUUCUCAGGAAAAUGAAAAUGACCCUCUGGAGAAGUGGAACCCGCAGGAUUGUGAAGAUGUUUGGUGGUCAGAUGAUCCUGAUUCUGAUGAUUCAGAUAUGAGUAAUGAAUAUGAAUACAUUAUAGGAAGGUAUGAAGAAGAACUGGCAGAUUCUAGUUCAGAUACAGAUUCAGAAAAAGAAUUCAUGAAUCAAUUUGGUCAUAGUUCAGAUACAGAUUUGGAAGAAGAAUUUGUGAAUCAAUCUGAUGAUUGUAGAUAACAGCACUUUACUAUAGUUGUAUUUGUGAUAUUAAUAAUUUAACUUUAAGAAAGCAGUUUGUGAAGAAUUUUUCAUAGUUCUUCUAGUUAUUUGUUCUUAUAAAAUUAUUUAAUUAUUGUUU